UUCUGGUGGCUGACACUAUGAAGGGGACACUGCUUGUGCUGGCCUUGCUGGUGACCCAGGAGCUGGGGAUAGAGAUGGUGAAAUCUUGCCCCAUUUUCUAUUUUGCCUUUGGUGCCCUGGCCAUUGGAGAGAGGUUUCCGCUGGACCUCAGCCUUGAUCUAGUCGGUGCUACUGAACCAGAAAAAGAAGCCUUAGAAAAAAUCCAGGAUUGCUACAAUGAGAAGGAACUCGAGGCCAAGGGCUUGGAUCUGAUUGUCAUGACUACCAUCACCACCAGCAACCAGUGCCUCUUGGAAGCCAUGGUCCCACUGAAGAAUGCCGUGGCCUCUUUGUGGAGAUGA